AUGCUGGUCCUUGGGAUGCUAAAACAGGUGGUCAGAGUGACGGCACAGAGCAAAGCCUCUGGCUGCCCAAAGCUUGUCUUGCCCUUGCGCUUUCUAAGCAGCCCCUCUCAUCACGUCCCAGCAGAUGCCAACUUCCGCUCCACCUCGUUCUCCGAAGCAGAGCCUCCCCGGGUCUUGAUCACAGGGGGUCUUGGCCAGCUGGGAGUAGCACUUGCUAGCCUUUUGAGGAAACGAUUUGGGAAGGACAAUGUGAUCUUAUCAGACAUAAGGAAGCCCCCGGCUCAUGUCUUCCAUAGUGGCCCGUUCGUUUACGCCAAUAUCCUGGACAACAAAAACCUUCGUGAGAUCGUGGUGAACCACCAGAUCAGCUGGCUGUUUCACUACAGUGCGGUGCUGAGUGCUGUCGGAGAAGCCAACGUGUCCUUGGCCAGAGAUGUCAAUAUAACUGGACUGCAUAACAUUCUAGAUGUUGCAGCUGAGCACAAUGUGAGAUUGUUUGUGCCCAGCACGAUUGGGGCUUUUGGACCUUCCUCUCCUCGGAACCCCGCGCCUGACCUCUGUAUUCAAAGGCCCAGGACCAUCUAUGGCGUAUCCAAGGUCCAUGCAGAGCUCAUGGGAGAAUACUAUUAUUACCGGUAUGGGUUAGAUUUCCGGUGCCUGAGAUAUCCUGGGAUCAUUUCUGCAGAUUCCCAGCCUGGAGGAGGAACAACUGACUAUGCCGUCCAGAUUUUCCACGCUGCAGCAAAGAACGGCACAUUUGAGUGCAACCUCAAGGCCAGCACCAGGCUCCCCAUGAUGUACAUCAGCGACUGCCUCAGGGCCACCCUGGAAGUCAUGGAGGCCCCCGCGGAGCGCCUCUCCACGAGGACCUACAACAUCAGCGCCAUGAGCUUCACCCCCGAGGAGCUGGCCCAGGCCCUCCGCAAGCACGUGCCCGACUUCCAGAUCACCUACUGCGUGGAUCCCCUCCGACAGGCCAUAGCUGAGAGCUGGCCCAUGAACCUCGAUGACAGCAAUGCCCGUAAGGACUGGGGCUGGAAGCACGACUUCGAUCUUCCAGAGUUGGUGGCUACCAUGUUCAACUUCCACGGCGCCAGCACCAGAAUUGCCCAAGCUAACUGA